AUGUCGACGAGAUGCUCAAUUCACGACAUGCUCACGUACCCGUCGCUUCCCCUAAACGCCUACUUUCAAGAUUUGGCCUUUGUGGACAUGUAGGUCUAGCGUUUUGUUUCGUUUCACCGAAUUUCACCUUCAGUUUGAACCUGUCGCUGUGCGCCGACGAGACGAAAACGUUUGUGAAGCGAUUGGGAUGGCGGCCCGAGGUGUGUCGGCUCACGUUCGGCUCCGUCGUCGGCGGCGCCACGUUCACCGUCGAGUUGAGUUUCGAGCGAAAGGAGCGCAAUGUGAAGUGGGUGGUGCCACGUGAGCGUCUCGAAAAACCGUACAAGGGUGUGGAGAUGAAGCGGAUGAGGAUCGCCGGAAUGACGCUUUUGGCCGGCGAGAUGGGCGAGACGCCGUUUCCGAACGUCUUUCGGAGCGAGCUCGACGAGCCGGACGCGCAUUUCAAGGUGUUCGAGCACGUGUGCAAGUUCCUGCUCGAACGCUUUCCACCCGUGAAGGUCGACGUGGAGAACCACUGUCUGCUGCCCACCGAAAUCUCCAAGUUUGUCAAAUCGGCAAGCUACGCGAAAUGCGUCCGAAGACUUUCGAUGCGUGAAAAGUCGCCAAAGCUCGACGCUCGACAAACCGAACAUCUUCUGAAGACGAUGCAAUUGGAGGAGCUGACGAUGGAGAAGAUCCGCGUGGAGGCCGAGUGUCAGCACGCGCUCAAACACUCGAAAAUGAGCAUCAGCUGCGCGAACUGGCUCAAACCGAUCAAUAUUCUGUCGAUGCGGUGCACUCACCUCACACUCUGGCAAGUUCCGUCGUUCGGCAACGAGGAGCUGAACGCGUUCCUCAAAAAGUGGAUCAAAUCGAGCUUCCGCAAUCUGGAGGUGUUCACGUGCUACCGCAUCCGCUCGCCGCCCUACACCUACGAGCACGUGCUGCGCGGAAUGGAGGCGGACGAGUGGAAGCCGGGCUCGCGGCCGCGCAAUCAUGCGCUCCGACGAUCGGAGGGCGUCAGCUGCCGCACCGGACGCGACAUUCAGCGACGGAACGGAACGCUGGGCACUGUGCUCAUCAAGUUGCCGAGCAAAUUCGAGUUUUAUGUGUGGAAGGAUAAGUAUCUUGAGUCGUACCAUUAA